UCCCAUUGCGCUCACUCGUUUAUUUCUGUGCGCUCAAAUAGCCCUGUUUGGCUUGGUAGAAGCGAACAACUCAUUUUAUGAACCUUUCAUUAAACUUGUCUAAGCGUUGAUCUCAUAAUUUUGUUUACAGGACAACAUUGGAUCACUGAUAUAACACCGUACCAAAAUCACAAUGUUAAUUAUAUUAAAUAUUGUUGGGGCUGGGGAGAGGGGUUGGAUCUUUGAACAACAAUUACGCGCAGCUUAGCUAGAUGUUGUAGAAGCCUACGCCUUUAAAAGGACAGAGGCAGCUCGAAAUAUUUUGGUAUUGAACGGACGUGCCAUUUUAAGUCAGCAGGGCGCGCGCACUCCACAGUAUACGGAUUCGCACAACAUCCAUUCCCGCAGCGGUUCGGGGCAGGGGGGCCCCCGGGGGUUCAAAAUGUCCAGCAAUGCUGCGGCCGCCAUCUCCGCCAUGAUCACCAGCCAGGUGUACCCGCAGCUGUAUUACCCACCGCCCACGCGCACCGUAACCCGGCAACGGAGGGAGGAGCAGGAGUCGGAGGUGCCUGGGAUAUUCGCCAAAGGGACUAACCAAGCGAUCGGGUGUUUCCAGAUUUUGCUCGGUCUGGGCAUUCUCGUAACGUUCCUGAUUACAAUUCUAGCCAGCGAACUGACUCUCCCCCUCAUUGUGUUGUCAGUGACCUCUAGUUUUGUGUACAUCACUAACGGGGUCGUGUCUUGUUCGCGAUGGAGAUGUAGGGCAAGAGUGAAGCGUCGUCGUGUGGUGAUCCGAGCCACUGUGAUCACGAACGCUGUGGGGGUGCUGGUGGCCCUCGUUAGCAUCAUCAUCUACUGCCUGAGUUUCAGAAUCUGGCGCUUGGUGUCCUGCAACAGCAACUACUACUGCACAUAUGACAAAAACCCGACGGCAGCCUUGAUAAUCCUGCUGGCCCUGUCCGUCUUGGAGCUGGGGUUCGCCGUCAUGACGACCGUUUUCGGCUGGAAUCACCUCAAAGACACGGAGGACCCGGACCUUGUGGCCUUCAGUCGAGAAGGAUGGAGGGAUGGAGAGAGGGGGGAUGGCAACGGGAAGCCUCUGAAGGCCACCUCUUCCUCCAUCAGUCUUUAGACCCAUUAAAGAUGACAACUGCGACGUCUCUGCCUUCCUCUGGUGGUUUAGGCCCAACCCAAAUUUCCCAGAAUUCCCUCGUUUUUUAAAUCAUUUAUUUCUUAAGCUGGCGGCCAUUUCACUGCCUGCCACUAAAUACACUUGGACUCCUGAGCGACCCUCCAAGUCAGUUCAGGACUGUUAAUCAGAAUAGUGUAAUCUAGCGUGGUGAGGACAAUAUGUAGGACGACAUCGAGGCUUACAAAAGGGUGGCUACACCUUUCGCUUCUCAGGCUUUUUUCUCUUCUUUCACUGAAUGGAGAAGAGAAUGGAGGGGGUAGGGGGUGAUGUUUCAUUCACAAAAAAAUCACUGUGUCUCUCAGCCAAUGAUCCUACUCAAUAGGGCAGCAUUGGCCACUGAGAGGUGUGCAGCUAGAACUGUGGUACUACCAUAGCCUGUGGCACUAUCAUAGCCUAUGGUACUGUCCUAGCCUGUGGCACUAUCAUAGCCUGUGGUACUGUUCUAGCCUGUGGUACUACCAUAGCCUCUGGCACUGUCCUAGCCUGUGGUACUACCAUGGCCUGUGGCACUGUCCUAGCCUGUGGUACUACCAUGGCCUGUGGCACUAUCAUAGCCUGCGGUACUACCAUAGCCUGUGGUACUACCAUGGCCUGUGGCACUAUCAUAGCCUGUGGUACUGUUGUAGCCUGUGGUACUACCAUAGCACCUGGUACUGUCCUAGCCUGUGGCACUAUCAUAGCCUGUGGUACUGUUCUAGCCUGUGGUACUACCAUAGCACCUGGUACUGUCCUAGCCUGUGGUACUACCAUGGCCUGUUGUACUACCAUAGCCUGUUGCACUACUGUACCCUGUGGUACUGUCAUAGCCUGUGGCACUACCGUAGCCUGUGGUACUGUCCUAGCCUGUGCCACUAUGUGGUAUUACAGUAGCCUGGUUCUCAGCCUACCUCUUUUUGGCCUUUAUGUGCUGUUGAUGUAAGCUCAAUUUUCCCUAUAAUUGUAUUGGUAAUAUCAGCUUACCCAUCCCCUUUUUACCCGAAUCAGAGCUGAUCCAGCUGUAAUGCACUGUGUAGUAAGACUGAGAAUGUUUCUUUUUUUUUCUUCUUUUUUUGCACUUUAUUGUUGUAUUUAUAUAAUCGUUUUUGGCACUUUUUAGAUUGUAUUACCACUAGUAUUACACUUUUCGAAACAGUAGUGUUUUUCUAUAUGAUCUGUCAAGAUGUCCAGGAUCUUUGAAACUACUAGCGUGUGCUGGUGUCACAAAAAAAAAAAAACUGUUUUCAAUUUUAAAUAUUCCAAUGCAGUUUUUGUGUUCAUUGUUAAUGCUCUUUUAUUGGAGUACACCUGCAAACUCCACUGAAGAGUCACUUUCCUGUUGCAAGGCAAAAAUUACAGGUCCCAGUUACUAUCUAGAAUUUUAUAUGGUUUUUAUUGACAUAAAAAUAUAUUUCGCUAUAUAUCCUCUUGUAUUAAAUUAAAUAGACUUAAAUGAAACAACAUUAUGAGAUAUGAAAAUUUAUAUUUUUGCAUUUUUUUGCUGGAAGUAUUUAUUUGGGAAGUGCCCUUUUGCAAAAAAGUGACUGCUUUUUUUUAGUCUAGAGAAAGAUAGGCCUACUAGUUUCUUGAUGAGCUAUUUAGUAAUGUCUUCACGUCGGUAGACAUUUUAUUACAAUUUAACAACUGUUGUAAAGUUAUCUUUCAGUGUAAGUGUGGUUUCUGCUCCUUUAUUUCAGAGCUGCGUUCAAAAAGACAGAAGUGCAAACUUAUUUAAAAUUUUCCUGUUAGCUUUUGAUCGACACCAAUGUUUGCCAACAGUCCGAAAAUGUAGUGUGCCAUGAACGGAAAAGGCUGGGGCUAGCCAGGGAAAGUAAAGAAACAGGUAAGUCGAUUGUCAUUUAAGUAUUAGUUAGUUCUUCAGAUAGCUAUAUAGCCAAUUCUCAUGUUUUUUUUUAGGAUUGCUGCAACACUAAAACUGGCUACAUCAAUUCUGUAUAUUAGUUAGCUGGCUACUUGUUUACUUUGUAGCUAGCUGUUGAUCAGUGUAACAAUGCCAUGUUAGCUAGUUAUUGAUAACCUCAACAAGGCUGUAGCUCGGCCUUCUGGCUUUAUAGCCUGCUAUAUGUUUUUUUAUUUAUUGGGGUUCUAUAAAGUGUUAGAAUAUUGCUGCUACAAAAAUGACCCUCAGUUUAUUCGAAUUUAACACUAUUUAAAAUGUGUUAAUGGAAAAGUAAAGUUGUUAUUUUAAAAUAGUUCAAUGAACACUGUUACUGAGCAAUGAAUAUAACUUGGCACAUCCACCUUGUUGAACGCAGCUUUGAGCAAUGUAAAGGCCAUUUUAUACUAUAUAUACAUACAGUGCCUUUUGAAAGUCUUGGUCUCUUUGUAUGAGUGGCUUGAUGGAAAGUACUUCUGAGAAAGACCAACAUUACUUUGUGCCUGGACUUUGACAGAAGCUAUGAAACAAACCCUGAGACCUUCUGGAGGAAGCUUUUAUGGUUCCAAGGAGAUUAUAUUUGCGCUUUUUUUCAGACUGAAAACAUUUGGCAUAAACCAAACACAACCCGUCGCCCGGGUAACGCCACCAUGCUGCAGAUUGUUUUUCAGCCAAUGGGAUUGAGCAGAUAGAUAGAUAGAGCCAAACACAAGAGCAUUCUCGAUAAGAGGUCUUGUGUUCAGAGUGAAGAUUCAUGUUCCAACAGGACAGUGUCUCGUAGCACCCUGCAGAAACUACAAAAGGAAUGGCUUGAAAGCAAGGUCCAGUAUUCUGGAAUGGCCCAGACAAAGCCGAGGCUUAAAAUCCCAUUUAGAAUUUGUGGCAUGUCCCGAAAAUUUCUGCCACUGUCUCCUCGCAAUGCAGAAUUGGAAAAAAAAAUUAGCAUGGAGCAAUAUUUGGGAAUAAAUUAAAAAAUCUAAAUGUGCGAAGCGCAAACUUCCCGAAGAAGACUUGGUCUGAGCCGAUUGCUGCCGAAUGCCCAUCUGCAUUGACUCCGAGGCUAAAUAAGAGUAAGUAAGUAAGGCUAUAAAAAAAAAUGCUGAUGAAUAAAAAAAAAUAUUUUACUUCAUUAAUGUAUUGAAUGUAUUGUGUUGAUGAAGGGGAAAUUAUUACAACGUAUUAAAAUAUGAAGGUGCACCAAAAAUGGUAAAGGAUUUCAGUGCUUUUUGAAGGCUCUCUACAUGUUGUGUGAUGUCUAUGUUAUCUAUAUCACAUUGAAGUUACAUUACAGUGUAUUUGCUAUUUAGUAAUAUGUAUGUAAUAAAUAUAAUAAACAUGUAUGUAAUAAAAAUGGGUAAAAAACAUGA